UCUGCGCGUACUUCUGAUUUUGAUUCGGUAUUGGUCCGUCAUAUUUAUACAAAAGAUGGAAGCCGUUUUCAGCUUCAUGAUAGCAUUUUUGGUCAAGUUAUUCUGAUUCAUUUUGAUCAUCUUCAACCUUUUAGAAUAGAACUUUUUGGUUAUUUUGAUUUAUUGUUGUCGUCAUCAUCCUUUGAGAAAAGAACCCUCUUGGGAAAUUAUCCUGUUUGGAGCCACGCAGUUUCUAUAUUGGCCACUAAAGGAAAUGGAAAAAUUUCAUCAGUUUAGUGUCCGAAUAUGCAGCUGGAGACAGAAAAUUUUUGGUGUUAUUAUAAAUUGGUUUUAUGAUCAGGGUGCUGCAUGGGCGAAUACCUGAUUAUGGAAUAGUUGUCUAAGGAUGAAUCAAAAAUUCACCAUUUUCGUUGCUUUAAAAUAUGAAAUCCCAUUUACGUGCUGGGACUCGUUCGAAAGCAGAUUCUCACAAAUUAUCUGAUGCGCAACUUUUGGAAAAAUUUGGCAUAAAAAAGUGUUAUGUUAAACUUAAUCGUCUGCAAUGUGAUGAUUAUGAUUUAUCACAUAUCAAUUCAUCCUUGAAGAAAACAGAUAAGACACCAACUGACGAAAAUAAACAUCAAAUGUCUGAAUCAAAACACAGAGAAAGUAGGAAAAGAAAACAUUUUGAUUCUGAAAUUAUAAAAAAUGAUUCACAAAAUUUGCAUAAUGAAACUCUAGAAAAAUGCAGUGAUCUACCAGAAAUAAAUGAAAAAACAAUCGAUUUACCUACAACAGAUAAAGAUAGAAUACUUCCUCAUUCAAGUCAUCAUCUAGAUUCUGCAGAUUAUAUUUUUGAAAAUCAAGAAGACAUGAACUCAGCAGAGACUUAUUUGGCCUGGAAAAGGAGUAAUGAAAGUUCUUCUAAUUUAGAUUAUGAAAUUUCUGAAGCAAAGCUUGCUAGCCUUGAAGAAGCAGGGGGAAUUAAGUUAACUGAAGAGGAGAGGAGAAAAACGAACAUAAUUAUGAACUCCUCUCAUUCAAGCAGAGAAACUCUGGAUUCUGCUCAUAAAUGCACAGAAAUCAUAUUGGGUGACCAUAAGCAAGAAGCAAAAGUCAGCUUAAAACAAACAAGGAAGAAAGAUAGAACUUCCACUGAUUCAAAAAGAGCAAUGCAGGAUUUGGGUUCUGAAUGUUUAGAUAUGGCAUUUUCUAGCCCUGAUCAAAUAGAGGAAAGUAACCUCUUAGAAACUGAUUUGUCAAAAAAUUAUAGAUCUAAAAGUUCCUCCAAUUCAAACAGGGAAACAAAAAAUUUGGAUUUUGAACAUUCAGAAAAUAUCAUUGUUGAUCAUAAGCAAGCGGUGGGAGCCGGACAAGCAUACAAACAACAGGAAAAACAGCAGAGGAAUAUAAGCUUCUUUAGUUCAAGUAGAGAAAUUAAAAAUUUGGAUAUUAAAUGUCUUGAAACUGUUCUUGCUACUCAAGAGAAUAGAGGGGAAAGGAAUCGAAUUCAGAUUAGAAGCAGAAAUACAAGUAGAAGCUUCUCUAAUUCUAGUAGAGAAAUGCAGAAUCCGAAUUGCAAAGAUUCAGAGAUGGUGCUUACUAGCCAUGAACUGGCAAGAGAAAGUAACUUUACAGAGAUUGAUUUGUCUGGAAAAAAUAUUAAAAGUUCUACCAUUACAAGCAGAGGAAAACAGAACUUAGAUUUUCUAUGCUCAAAAGAAAUACAUGUUGGUCCUGUCGAAACAGUCAACAAAACAAAUUCAAGAAAAAUCGGAUGGAUGAAAAGCAAUAGAAGCUUCUCUAAUUCAAAUAGAAUUUCUCAGAAUUUAGAUUCUGGAUCUUCGGAAACCACUCCUAUUGGCUCCGAGCAAAUGGAGGAAUGUAACUUACCAGAGACUGAUUUGUUGAGAAAAAACAGAACUAAAAGCUCUUUUAAUUCAAACAAUAGAACUCAGAAUUUCAAUUCUGAAUGUUUGAAAAUAGCCAGGCAGGAGCAGGAAGAGCCAACAGUAAUAGAUCUGUCAAUUAAAAAACGGACUAGAAGCUCAUCUGCUUGUAACUAUUCAAACCCUUUUAAUUCCGGAUGUUCAGAAACAAUGCUUCUUGGACAUGAGAACAAAGAGAUUGACUUAUCAAUUAAAAGUAGAACUAGGAGCUCAUCUACUUCAGACAUCAGAGCUCAAGAUUUCAAUUCUGAAUGUUCAAAAAAAUUUCUUCCUAGGAAAGCAGAGGAAAAUAGCUUAAAAGAGAUUGAUUUAUCAAUUAAAAGUAGAAUUAGAAAUUCAGAUUCAGGAACACUUCUUUCUGGACAUGAGAGAGCUGUGGCAAGCAAUUUAAAAGAGAUUGAUUUAUCAAAGAAAAAUAGAGCUAGAAGUUCCUCAAAUUCAUGCAUUGAAACUCAGAAUUUAGAAUAUUUGUUUUCUCAAGAAAUGCUUCACAAACCAUCUAAGGGAAUUAACCAAACGGCAGUAACUGAAAAAAGGGAUAAUAGUAGUAGUGCAUCUACUACUAUUAAUCCGAGUUUCAAUUUGGAAUCUUCAGAAACUGCUCAGACUAGCCAUGAGCAAACAGAAAAAAUUAAUCAGAUGCAGACUAGAGGCAGGAAGAGCAAUAGAAACCCCUCCGACUCGAGUAGAGAGACUCAGAAUUUGGAUUAUAAAUGUUAUGAAACUGUGUUCAUUAACCCUGAACAAGAAUUGAAAAGCAGACUAACAGAGAUUGGCUUGACAAAAAAUAGGGAUAAAAGUCUAAUUUUUUCAAACUUGAAACCUGGAAAUUCAGAAAUUGUACCUUUAAAAAGUAAUCAAAUGGAGAAAAUUUAUCAAACACCAGCAACAGUAAGUUGGAGGAAUAGACCUAGAAGCUCUUCGAAUUCAAGUGAGGAUACUGAAAGUUUAAAUUCUGAAUUUUCAGACGAUUUACCUAUUAAAAGUAAGCAAGUAGAGUCGAGCAGUGUGAAAAAAAUCGGUUUAUUAGGAAAGAAGAGGUAUUCGGAUUCCAACAGAGAAACUCAGAAUUUGGAUUCUGAAUUUUCAGGUGAGCACAGUGGCCAUACAAAAGAAAUAUCAGUUAUUUUAUCGGACCAGUUUAAUUUGCCUACCAUAAAGAGAACUAGAUAUUCCUCCUGUUCAAGUAAUAGUCUUCUAGAAACUGGGAGUUCGCAACUGGAAAAGAAGAAUGAAGAACACCAUGUACAAAUUCAAAAGGAGGAAAAGGAAUGUAUUAACAGUGCUCGUUACCCAAAUGUUGAGGAAGAAAAUUCUAUUUUACCUACAUCAAGGACAACUAGAAAUUCAUCCAGUUUCAGUAGAAUUAGAAAUUUCAGUUCUGUACUUUCAGAAAAGCGUACUGCUCACAUGCAAACACAGAGCAUUGAUCUAAUGCAUAAAUCUAUCUUGAUGCCCAAAAAGAGAAGUUUCUUGAAUUCAAAUAAUGCAAUGCGGGUUUUGCAUUCUGAACAUGGACAAAAACAUUUUCGCCUGGAGCAAGUACAAGGCAAUUACUUGGACUGUAAUUUGCCUGCCAAAAAAAGAGCAAGAAAUUCUUUUAGUUUGGGUAGUACUCCCCAAAAUUCAGAUUCUGAAUCUUCAAAGAAAUCUAAUGAACAUCUGCAAAUUCAAGAAUUUAGUUUUGACUCUAAUUUGUUUUCAGAAACAGAAUUUAAAAGUUCUGAUGUUUUGAAUAGUGAAGCUCGGAACACAGAUUUUUCAGAAAAGCAAAAGGAGCGCGUUCAGACAAGUGAAAGCAAUCAGGCUGAAAAAGAUCUUUGUUCGAAUAAAAAUAAAACUGUAUCUGAUUCGCAUUGUAAAACUAAGAAAUUUACAUUCAAAUUUUCAAGACAAAAUCCAGACGAUUUAAAAGAACAAGAGGUACCAGAAAUUUCAACAGCACCUGAUUCACAGCAAGAGGCGGCAGAAAAUACGAUUGCUUCCGACUUGCCUGUAUCGGAAAAAAUAAAAACUCACGGUAGUCCAAGCAAAAAUGUUAAUGCUUCACAUUUUGAAAACAGUUACGUAAAAGACUGUCAUGUUAAUAAUGAAAUACAAACUCUUUCUCCUGCAUGCUUCAAUUUAAAUGAUAAAUGUGAGGAUUCCAUUUCGGAAAAUGUAGAAAAGAUAGAUUCGGAAACCGAAGAAAGGGAUAUUAAUUGCACAGAUCAACAAGAUGUGUCAUUGCAGCAAUCAAUUUCUCAAACUGAAACUUCUUCGUGUUUGAAUAAUAAGCAUAAUUUGUCAUAUUCUGAAAUUUUAAAGACCAGUGGCAUUGAAAAAAAUAUGAAAGUACCGGGUGGCCUUUUGGAAAGGCAAGGGAAGUACCCUACUGAAAAUAAUGUACAAGAAACAAAUAAUGAAGGUGAAAAUGCAAAAUCUGAAUUUACCGAAAGAAACAAUGAUGAAAAGAAUUUGGAGAAACAAGACGAGUUUGUAGAAGUGCUGGAAAAUCCUAUGGACUGCGAAAAGUUUCUUCAAAAUAGAGCAUGUACAAGUUCAAAUAGUAGAGACUUGGGUUCAAACGGUAAACAUUCAAAACAUGAUGUUGAUGGUGAAGAAGAGAAUGAUGAUAGUAUAGAUUGGGAGGAACAGGGCAAUGAUUUUGAAGAUGCAGAAAGAUCUAAAGAAGAAUCAUUAGAUGCCAUUCUAAAGAAGGAAUAUGGAAUUAGAGAUUGUAGAGUUGUUUUAAAACGGCCUAAACCAUUUUCAGUUCAUUACGGCGUAUCAUUUUUAAAAGAAAUUGCACGAAAGGGUUACUCAUCAUCUGUAGAGUCCAACGAUAUAGACUUUGAAAUGUUAUAUAGGAGGGAAAGUUUCAGUCAGUUCUCAUCUCUAAGUCAAGAAACAUUUGAACAUGAAGUAAUGAAAUAUAUUGAGCGUUUCCAUUUACGCGAUGAAUUCCUUAGACGAAGGCGUGAAUUAAUUGAAAAGAACGAGGCCCAACUUUUAGCUAUUAAAAAAUCAAUGAAAAGAAAGGUUUACUAUGAUGGCAGUGAUUUUGUAUUAAUUAAAGAUGAGCGGGUUCAAGAAGUGCGCAAUGCUUUGAGAAAUAAAAGGUAUCCCUUAGUUCUGUUAGAAAAGAACCAGCAAGCUGAAUAUUUAGCCAGAAAACUUGUUGAAUCAAAGGCAAUGAAUGUUGAACAGGAUGCAAGCGACGACAAAACAUCUGAAAAUUAUAGAGAAUGUGAUCAGUACCUUGAAGUGGAUGAAAGUGAGGAUGAAUCAGAUCAGUCUGACAGUGAAGAGGCUAAUAUAUUUUAUGAUACCAGUGAUGAUGAAAGUUCUUAUUCUCAAAAAACACAAAAUUCAGUAAGUUCUUUUCAACUUGAAAGGUCCCCAAAUUUAUUACAGGUAGAUGAAAAACUUCAGGAUUCAAAUCUUGAUGACAAAAGAGGUCAUAUUGGAAAGCAGCCGCUCAUCUGUGGCAGUCAGCAUCGUUUUGAAACAAUGCAAAAGGAUAAUGAUGAUUCAUCAACUUCUAUAAAUUCUAAACCAAGUGAGAAUCUGCACAGGCUGCAAAACCAAAGUCACCUUGUCUUGAAUCCAACUCUAGAUUUGGAGCAACCAUCUCAUCUGACAUUGCAUUCUGCCAAAUUUAAAAAGGCUAUAGCAGACAGUCAUUGGCCUCGAGUCCUUUUGCAUCCCUUGGGAAGAACUACUGAAAAGGAGUGCACAAAGUGUCUUCCGACUGCAGUCAGUGAAAGACGUUGUGUGCCAUUACAGAACACUGAUGAUAGUGAACGAACAGACGCAACCAGUGUGCUGAAGAAAAUUGAGUAUGAUGAGAGUCCUGAAUACAGUUCACCGUCCCUAGGCAGUGAGACAUCUCUGAGUACUGAGCAUUCUGAUGAUGACAGUGAAAAUAAAAGUUCUGUUGCAGCAAACGAAGAGUUUUUUGUGAUUGAUGAAGAUGAUGAUGACUCUGAUGAAGAUGAUGAUGACUCUGAAGGAUCUAGUUCUUAUUCAGAUUCUUCUUCUGAAUCAGAUCCACAGCAGUCUGGUACAGAAAGUAUAGAUAGCCAUCAAAAUAGAGAUUUAGUUCCUUGUUCUGAAUCAGACCCACAGCAGUCUGGUACAGACAGUCAAGAGAGCCAUCAAAAUAGAGAUUUAGUUCCUUGUUGUGAAUCAGAUCGACAGCAGUCUGGUAUAGAAAGUCAAGCGAGCCAUCAAAAUAGAGAUUUAGUUCCUUGUUCUGAAUCAGUUCGGCAGCAGUCUGGUACAGAAAGUCUAGGGAGCCAUCAAAAUAGAGAUUUAGUUCCAUUAUGACAACAAACUGAGUAUAUAAUUGUUUUUAAUCUCACAGUCAUCUUUUUAUUAUAUAUCGGAGUUAAUGCUGAUCAUUUUCGAAACUUAUCAUGUUCUUCUGAUAUCAUUAAUCCAUCUAAUAAUCUUGCUAAUUUUAGGUAAAGAAUGACUUUGUUGUGAAAUUUGAAAUUUAUUAUUCAAAAUUUUAAUUGUGAUUUACUUUUUCAAAAUGAAUAUAUAUAAUAUGUAUGUUUUUAAAUUCUUACUACUAAAAUUUUUUUUGCAAUUUAAUUCUUACUACUAAAAUUUUUUUUGCAAUUUAACAUAUUGAAAUUAUUUUUCUUGAAUAUUUAAAAUGUUUAAUUAAGCAGUGUUAAAAUCACCAUCACUAGUUCAUGUGUUUAUUUCCAUUUUUUCCAUAACUUUGCAAGUUCAUUAGAUGGAAACUUGAAUGUACAUCUAUAAAUAAUCACUACUUUUUAUAGGGUAUCCAGUGUUAAAAUAAUUCGAAGAAAAUUAUAUUAUUUCGUACAGGUUUAGAUUAUUAUAAGGAAUGUGUUUAAAUAUCUUUUGGUGGAAUUUUUCUUAAAUAAGCCCUAUUAUAAUUUUUAUAUUAUAUUUAGUUUUAGGAAAUGGUUCCAAUUUGAUAAAAUGUGGAAUUGAAAAACUGAUUUUUUUAUUAAUUAUAUGUUUAAAAUGCUUUGUGUUAAUUAAAUCAUAUAUGCAUAUAAUGAAAUUCACAUUAAUGUUUUCUAAAAGAAGUCUUAUUUUAAACCAAAUGAAAAUUACUGAAAAAAUAAAUUAUUUUCAUAUCAUGAUUUAUAUUCCUGUCUAGGAAAUAGCCUCUUAGUUCUCUUACCACCAAGAUAGUUUUUGAAUUCGAAAUUCAACUUAUAAAAAUGGUUUAUUAUUUAUUUUACUUUAUCCAUGGGAAGGAUUGCAAAGACUUCUUAUUUUCAUGGCAUACAGAAAUGAUGAAAUCUGAUUUUAAAUAUAUAUAUAUAUAUUUAAAUUCUAUCUAUCUCUUAAGUGACUUGAAAUGCACUGUAAAAAAUAAUAAAAAUGCAUGUUUGAUCUAGAUUGUGGGUACAUUAAUUGCCAGAUAUUUUCGAAUGCUUUUUAAUUUGUUAGUCAAGUGUUUAAAUUUUUUUAUAGACAGGUGUCAGUUGAUGAAAUUUUCUCUGUUGUGAUGACAUGUACAUUAUUUACAUAUAAUUUUGUAAAAUGACUCAUAAGGGCAUGUACUUUACAAUUCAUGUACUUUUUGUGAUUUUCUCUCCUUCAAUUUACUUAACACAUUUGGUUAUUGAGCAUAUGACUUGUGUACUUUCAUUAAAAAAUUUAUUCUAAUGAAAAAUAUUGAUGUUUAAUUUUGAAGUAUUAAAAAGAAACAUGUGCUUACUAAAUAUGAAAAUAAGAUCAUCCUGUCCCUAUCUAUCACAAUCUCCAUAUUUCAAAUUUAUAAAUAACACAUUUUUGUAUUACAUCUGUCCAAGAACAAAAUAACUUGAAAAAUGCUUCGAGUCCAAAUUUCUAAAUACUAAAUUUGCUGAUUUCAACUAAAUUUUGAAUGUAAUCCAUUGAAUGAGAUAAACUCAAAACACAAAGUGCUACAUCAGUAAAAUUUGGCAUACAGUUUUAGCAUCAUAAGUAUUAAUUAAUAUCAAAAUUUUGAACCAUAUCCAUCAAUGAGUUGGCUGUCGUUUGGUCUGUAUAUUCAUAUGCACGUAAACACAAUAACAAAAAAGCACAACUUAUAUAAAUAUAAUUUGUUAAGUUAAUUUGUUUCUGAAAUUGCAGCUCUGUCAUUAAUUUGGGAUUUAAUUGGCCAUUCAAAAAAAUUUGGAGCAUACUCGAGUUUUUCUUCUUUCUAUAUUGGGACUCUGAAAAUAAAAAUCUGUGCGCUCAUUGCAUUAAUGACCUUGCUUAAGGUCUCUCAUUUUUAUGGCAUGUGGGGGGAUAAAGUUCAUCAAGAAAGUUAUACAGAGAAGCAAUGGUGAGACAGUCAUAGCUGAUUUCUCACGUAUUUAUGGUAGAGAACAUUAAGCUAUUUCUUCAAAGGUAUCCACAUCUCUAUCAGCAGUUUAUCAAUCAGAUCUUUGAAUCGAUGCUGAAGGAUAGAAUAUCUCUAAUAAUGUAAUUAGGCAAUACAUUUUUGCCAUUAUAUGUUGUGAAUUAAGAAAUAAUACUAAUAAUAAAUAUGUCUCCACAAAUUCUCAUUCACCAGAAGCUGUAUGGUUGGAAUUCCACUGAUGCAGGAAAAAAAUUUGCAAUGAACCUGAAAGGAAUUUCAUGUAAACAUGUUUUGAGGACGUGAGAAAUAAUGGCAGAAAUGCAAUUGUUCUUGCUGGAGAUGUAAUAAAUAUUGAUCAGAAUUGUUUUUCCCCUUGUUUGUUUUAAGGCAACAUUUCCAAUACUUUUUAAUUGUAGUAAUUCCAUUGUUCGCCACUUACAUUCAAAAUUUUUAUAUACCAAAUGUAAACGUUUAGAUGAAAAGAAGUAUCCCUGUGUUUAUGAGAUUAGAUUGUAUGCCACAAAGGUAACCACAUUUUUCUCCUGUUAGAAUGACAAAAUGAUGAAUUUAAAGAAACUGUGCAUGAUUUCCGUGUGAGAAGAGCAUCUUCAAGAAAAACUAAUUUAAAUUAAUUUUAAUUUAUUCAAAAAAUCUGCAGCAGUCUUUUCUUAUUUUUAUUUUAAUUGAUUUUAUGAAUUUCGCUUGAAACGAUUCUUGUAUGAAAUAUGAAAGUUUUUAUAUAUGUAUAAAAAAAAGAUAUAUCCGUAUCUGUAAAAGUUAUGCAUGUAAAAGUCAUUAAAUUCAAAACUGUGAUUUUAAGAUACUAUCAAAUUAAAUUUUUGAGUCAUCAUGAAUGUAAAAAUUAAUUUAUAGAUUUCUAACUCCUACAGUAAGUUUACUUGAAAUUUAAGAGUUGGUCUAUAACAUAAAAUAAUCUAAUGGAAGUUCUUGUCAACUGCAGAAGUCUGAUAAAAAAAUUUUACUUAGUGACUUUUACAUUCCAAAUUGUAAAUUGCUUAUGUGACUUCUUUUCAAUCAGUAAUAAUUAUUUAAUGUCAUUUGUUUAUAUCCUCAAUUUAAUUAUUUUUAUAAAUGCAAGUUAUAUAUUAACAGUGUUAUUGCAAAAAAAUAUAUUAUGAAUUACUAUUUGAUACUGAAGAUUAUUACAUUGCUUUAUGUAUUUACUUUAAAAUUGUUUUUGACUUUCACUUUAUAAUCUGUUUGCCAAUUCAAUUGUAACAAAUAAUUAUUGCAUAAACUGAUAUUUAUUCUAAUUAUCUUCACUAUGUUUCAAAGCAAAAUCAUCUCAAGUUUAUAAAUCAUUUUCUUGGUUUAGUUCAGGAUUUAGAUUCUUUGAAUUUGGCUGAGAUUUGUACCAAGAAUGAAACUCUUGUGGUAUUACUCCCUAUUUACUUAAUUGAAUCGAGACUUCUACAUCUAUUCAGAGACUGGAAAGGAGAAUCUUAAGUGUCAUAUGCCUUUUUUAUUAUUAUUAUUUGGUAAUUUCUUAAUGAUGACAUCCGAAAAACAUUGACCCAGACUAUUUCUUUUCAAAGCAACUGGGAUGACUUUACUAUUUUAAGUAAUUUUUGCUUAACUCUGUAUUUGAAAAAGUUUGGAAGUAAUUGAGCCAUGCACUUGCAGCGGAUCCAGUUUCCUUUAUAAUGUUCCUUCUAUUAUGCAUAAUGUAGACUAGUAUGUAUUUUGUGCUUUUACACUCCAUUAUUUAAUGUCUGUAUUCUAAACAUUUUUCUUUCUUGGGUAAUUUCUCUGUGAAUUGUUUGAACCAGAUGCGACAAUAAAGUUGCUGUAUUUUCAUUUUUCGAUUCUGAUCACUACUAUGCUGUUUGCAUUAUAAAACUCUUCCAUAGUAUGGCGUUCGUCUGGUCAGAAUGAAUUUGGAAAAUCAACGUCCAACCACCAGUUACAGUUCAGAAAAAUCUUGGAACUUUUCUCACAGCCCUUCCCAAUAUGUCAGCAAUGACUUCCAAUUAUGUUGCUUUACUAUGUCAGCAACUACUUCCAGUUAUGUUGCUUUACUAUGUCAGCAACUACUUCUGGUCAUUUUGCCACAAGAGUUCACCUUCACUGAAAGUAAUUACCGUACAUAAUUAAGAAGUCACUUUGUGAAUUCAGUGAUUUUUACUAGACGAUAUAGGUGUCUAAAGGAUAUGGCGAAAUUUGGACACGUAUGUUUGUCAUCUACUAAAAUACAAAGAAGGCAGCAACUUUUACCCAACUGUAGAGUUUUAACUGAAGAUGACAAUAAGUUACAUAUCUUACUGACGAUGAUAUGUAAAAUGGAUAAAGACAAUUGGUGUGCUUGAAAUUUGAGCUUCACCAAAUUAGUCAAGGUCUAUCUUGCCAUCAGUCAAAUGCUAUAGAUGACUCAUUUGGCAGCUCAUUACUUUCUUCGUAAUUUGAAAGUAAUGUUAAAAGAGAUGAGUGAAAACUGUUUUUGAUGUGAAGGUGGAGUGUUGUAAUACUUUUCUAUUGCAACAAGCGGUAUUUGUUUAUUUUUAUGGCCCCCGAAUUUACUUGAUGGUUUUCAGGUUACGCCAAGGCUUUCAAGUCGAAUUAUCAAUCACCAAGUUGGGGACGGUUUACAUUUUUUGGCAAUUUACAUUUUUACGGGGACCGUAAAAUACUCAUUUUUAUUGUGGCAAGCAUAGUAUUAGAUUUAUCAGUUGCAAGUAGUUGAAUUUUUUUUAUUGUCUGUAAUCCGUGCUUAAAUGUCCUACGAUUGCUGAGAAUUCAACAAUUGUAGUUUAUGUAUUCUUCCAUUGCAUUGUAUAAAUAAUUAUAUUGGUAAUCUGUUUUUAUUUUCAGUACAAAAAUUAAAUGUGUAAUUGUUAAUACUUCUUGUUGUAAUUGCAAGAAUUCUUUUUAAUAUUUCUGAACAGUGGAAAAAAAUUUUCAUUUCAGUGAGAAAAAAAAUUCUGAAGUAUGUAUGUUCUAAUUAUCUUGAUGUUCUAUGGUAAUUACAAUACAGAAAAAAAGAAAAUGUGUUUAUGUGUUUCAUUAACUUGAUACCCUAUAGGGAAUUGUAUAUAUGUGCUUAAAUAAAAAUGAGGCUGAAACUCAAA